AUGGCAGACCUGUCAACAGACAAGGCCGCGUUGGACCAGUACCUCGAGGACCCGCGUUUCCGCCAAUCGUUCACUCUCCCACCAGAUCCCUCUCGGGACCGAUUUGAGCCUCUCGAGGUCACGUACGCAGACUUUGGCUAUCGCAACGAAGAGAAUCCCCAGGAGGAAAAUGUGCUCUUGUUCUUCGCACCUCUCAUGUCGUCACGCCUGCUGCAUGUUGGACUGGACUCGAUCGCCAAACAGCACAAAGUCCGCAUCAUCGACCCCGACCGCCCGGGCUUUGGCGGCACGACGCAGGUGAGCGAUGACCAGAGGAUGCAUGUCUGGGCCGAUGUUGUCCCAGCUCUGCUCCAGCAUCUUGGAAUCCAACAUGUGGCAGUGGCCUGCCAUAGCGGAGGGACCGUGUAUGCCAUGGACACGCUUCUGCAUCAUCCAGAGAUUCUGCAUCCAGAGAGGCCAUAUCUCGCCAUAGGAGCGCCGUGGAUUCUGCCCUCCCGCUCUGGCAUCAUCACCAUGUCCAUCACACAAGCGCUGCCCUCAAGUAUCCUCUCACACACAGACAAAGUGGUCUCCUUUGUCCAGACAUCUCUGUCGCCUUCGCUUGCAAGCUCCUUUGGCAUUAGUCAAGCGGCGAUGAAGCUGUUCAAUACGCCCAACCCAAACCUGGACAUCUCACCAGAAGACAGCCCGCUGGCGCAGUGGGAGGAGGCACUCGAACCGCGCAUUGUUCAGCAUAUACACAGAGAGGGUAUCCCGGGCAUUUCGUCCGAGUCGAUUGUGCUCAUGCAGAAGCUGGGAACAUCUGCAUGGGGCACGUGGAAAGAUUACGACGAGCUCAUCCCACGUUUAAGAGCGGCACUACGCGCGGCAGGGAGGACGCUGUUCAUCGACACUUUCUUUGCCGAGUCCGACUCCAUGAUAGGAGACGCAUGCACCGAGGGCCCCGACUGGUUCGACGCCUGCUGGAAGCGUGAGGACCCCGAAGGCCCCAUUUCCUAUAGCAGCAGCGUAAUCCCCGAUACUGAGCACGACAAAAUAUGGACUCUUCGAAUGGGCCUCCCGCAAAAGGUGUUGCGAAGAGUCGGCCGGGAAGACUAA